AUAGGGGACAAGGCGUGUGUGUGGAAUGAUACGGGCGUGUUUCAUGUUGGAUUUAUAAAAGCGGUUGUCCGACAUAAAGUAAUUUUCAGUUGUAGCCAAUAUUAUUUGGCUUUUAUGUUAGUGAUUGAACGCUGUGUCACUGUCACAAUACCGACGGUUCCAGCUGGGACAUCAAUCUUGUGCUCGAGGGCUUUCCAAAACAUAUUGGUCCAGGCGUACUGCUUAUUCCGGUGAUUGUUUCGAUCCAGUGCUCCCCCAGGCUGGCCCAGACCCACACCACGUUGAUGCUGGUGGGCUCUCACCUCCUCUUCGUCCUGCGCUCCCCCAUCCCUCCAUCCAGUGAUGGCGAUGAGUACCGACCCGGGCUGCAGAAGGGACGACCUCAGCCCUGACCCCGACCCAAUGACCCCUGACCGCAGUGACCUCACCGCCAUGAUGGCCACCGUGACUGUGACGACCACCGAGACGGGCGGCUCACCGGCCAAUGGCGUGAGGAUUGGGGCUCAGGAAGGAGGAGCUAAGAAAGGCCCUGCUCAGCGGCCACACCUCUCAGGGAGGAAGCUGUCGCUACAGGAGCGGGGCACGUACCCAUCUGGGAGGUCAGGGGGGGCUCACGUCUCCCCCCGUGUGGUACGCAGACCCACCGUGGAGUCCAAACGCGUCUCCAUCUCAGACGCCGAGAACUGUAUCCAGCUGAACCAGUACAAGCUGAAGAGUGAGAUUGGAAAGGGCUCCUACGGGGUGGUCAAACUGGCCUACAAUGAGGAUGACGACAAACACUAUGCCAUGAAGGUGGUGUCCAAGAAGAAGCUGAUGAAGCAGUAUGGAUUCCCACGUCGCCCCCCUCCUAGGGGACCCAAGGUGGCGGUCCAAGGAGAGCAGCCCAAAGUCCUAGGCCCCCUGGAGAGGGUCUACCAGGAGAUUGCCAUACUCAGGAAGCUGGACCAUCUCAACAUAGUCAAACUGGUGGAGGUGUUGGAUGAUCCUGCAGAGGACAACCUCCACAUGGUGUUUGAUUUGAUGCCAAAGGGUCCAGUGAUGGAGGUCCCCACAGACAGCCCCUUCACUGAGGAGCAAACACGCCUCUACUUCAGAGACAUUGUCCUGGGCAUUGAGUACUUACACUACCAGAAGAUUGUCCACCGGGACAUUAAGCCUGCUAACGUGCUGCUGGGGGAUGACGGCCAUGUGAAGAUUGCUGACUUUGGGGUCAGUAACCAGUUUGAGGGCAACGAUGCCCUGCUCUCCUCUACGGCUGGGACUCCUGCUUUCAUGGCCCCAGAGACCCUGUCAGAUAUCCACCAGAGCUUCAGUGGAAAGGCAUUGGAUGUAUGGGCCAUGGGAGUGACUGUCUACUGCUUUGUGUUUGGGAAGUGUCCGUUCAUUGAUGAAUACAUCCUGGUUCUACACAAUAAGAUCAGGACUAAAUGUGUGGAGUUCCCAGAGUCGCCAGAGAUCAGUGAGGAGUUGAAGACUCUUAUCCUGAAAAUGUUGGACAAAAACCCUGACACCAGGAUCACCAUACCUGAGAUCAAGUUGGACCCGUGGGUGACCCAGGAUGGUUGUGAUCCUCUGCCUCUAGAGGAGGACCACUGCAGUGUGGUGGAGGUCACUGAAGAGGAGGUGCAGAACUCUGUCAAGUUUGUCCCCAGCCUGUCCACCGUGAUCCUGGUGAAGGCCAUGCUGCGCAAGAGAUCCUUCAGUAACCCCUAUGAGUGUCCCAGGAGUAGAGCGGAGAGGUCCAUGUCUGCACCUAGCAACCUGCUUAUGGAUGCGUGGCCGUUCCGCCACUCUUUAAAACUCCACCCCUCUCUAAGAAAGGGCAGCAGUGGAGAGGGAAGUAGGGAGGGAGAGCUCGAAGACCUACAUGAAGAUGAACCCUUCUCCUGAAUCCCGUUCCUCCUCCUCUCCUCCAGUCAGCUCAGCCCAGUUCUACACAGUUCUUAACCGCAAUCUUACGCUCCUACCUUCAGUGCUUCUGGACUGAAACAGUGUUUUUACUUGUGAGAAGUGGUUCAACUCAAGCAUGGCUUCCCCUUUAAAAAUGAUAUGCCGUUCCCCUUUAAAGCCCAAUCUGUACAUUGCCUCUCUCCCUUUAAAUCUAUGAUGCACUCCGCUCUUCUAAUCCUUUCCUUCCCUCCAUCCCUCCCUGAUCUCUCCUCACUCCAUCAUUGCGUGUAAUCACCCAAAGAAGCACAUAGAACCCAGACAACACUGUACCACUGCCAGGCGUACUCAAGACUACUGGAAAUUCCUGCUGUAUGUCCGUCUGCUGGCAUUAUGUUGCUGAGGAGAAGAGGAAUUUCGUGUUUCGAUGUCACUUUACCUAGACAAUGCAUGGUGAACGUUAUCGCUGUUCAGAGGCACCAUUCACAGUGGACAAUAUUGGUGCCCUAAGAGCCAGCAUGACCAAGAGACUGGAGCAUGCAACUGACAUUAUUACGCCCCCUACCGUUUGAAACAAGACAUACACACAGGGCUUUUUUUCAGUAGUUUGAAGGGGCAAUCUGCAGACGCUUCAUACAUUUUUGGACUUAUAAAUGUAUUAAUUAUAUAUACCUAUGAUUCUUGAAGAAUAUAACUUAUAAAUGCCUCAUAAGCUUAGUUUAACUGCCAUACCCCAUCAGAACCAAAAGCUUGUUUUACUCCAAUGUCUGUAAACACACACUGUAUAGCCUCAAAAUAUGCUUGACACUAUCAUUUGUAUAUAUUGAAGGGUCAGUCCUUGCAUCCAUAGCUCUAUCUAUUAAUAUCAGAGUGUUUACAUUUUUCCAGGCCCAUCUUUCAGCUUUUUACCAAAACAGAGGGGAACCUUUUUGUUAUUGUUUCAUCUGCGGAUUGCCCCAUUAAUGCUGCAGCGUUGUACAUAGAUCAUAAAUGUGUGUGUCGGUGUAAUGUCAUUGUUGUCUAUCUCACCCGUACAUGCUAAGCUGUCAACAUAACCCUUAAGUAAUAAUAAUAAUAAUAUAUUUUAAGCACUUUACAAGACACCCAAAUUCACUUUACGUACACAAUCUAAUCUGCACGAUUAAAAGCAAUAAAAUCAUACAUUAAAAUGAGUAAGUAUAUAAAACUACACCGAACAUAAGGACAGACUAACCAGGUGGAAAAAAACUAAACAGGAUGACACUAACUAGGGAUGUGAACUAGUGAGGGAUCUCUAAGACAACAGAUAAUGUGAAGAGGUGUGUCUUUAGUCUGGACUUGAAUAUGCGUAUGGAUUGUGAGGUUUUGACUUGGAGAGGGAGGGAGUUCCAGAGUUGGGGGGGCUGCAAUGCUAGAAGCAUUGUCUCCCAUGGAGCAGAGCCUGGUGUGAGAGAUGGUUAGGAGGCCAAUUUCAGAAAAGCGCAGUGAAGUGUAGGGGUGCAGGAGGUCAGUAAGGUAUGUGAGCAUUUUGAAAAUGAUCCUGUAUUGAACUGGGAGCCAGUGGAGUUUCAGGGUGGGGGUGAUGUGGUUUGGUGUCUGUGUGGACUGGUCUCUUCCUCUGUGUUGCUCUAAUUGUCUCCCCUUCAUUCUCUAAUGUUUUUAGUAGGGUACAGAAUUAGAGACGUGUUGUUUCUCUGAAUCUCAGGCAGUAGGAUGAAGCAAGCCUGUUUCUCUCCCCUGUCUCCUAGACUCUGACAAGAAGCAGCAACCUAUCCUCCUUAAAACACAUUUGAAGCCCACAAUUGUGAAAGGGGGAACACUAAUCAUAUUUAUGCAGCCAAUUAAUCACCCUCCCAGAACCAAGUAAAUGUUUUAUUUCAAUUUAGGAAAAACUUCAUUGGAAAUUGGCCCAUUCAUUGAUAGGGAUGCAUGUGAGAUUGUACAGCAGUAAACUGGGUUAUUUGUCCUUUAUACAUUCUUCUCCAUUUCAAAAUGGAAGUGAAAGCAGGUAAUGGUGUUUGUAUGUACUGUUUCUUGAUUAGUAAAAGGUUAAUUUAUGAAAUAAAUGUGAAUAAUUGUGUUAUUCU